GGGCAAACGCAUGACGGCCUCCAAUGGAAAAUGGCAGUCCUCUCUUCGCAGCGGCCUCGCCCGCUGGUGCACCACCGUCGGCAGCUGCUCUGUCCACGGCGUCCACGUGGAGCGACUGCGACCGAGUUGCCCGCUGCUCCUGCUCAGUGGUGCGACGCCGGGCCCGUUCUACCACUCGCACCCGCACGAUCCGUCGCAGUUCGACCACCUCCACUUCGACAUGGCGAGCCAAGUGAGGGCCAACCUCAAAACGGUCCGCGACAUCUUGGACGCGCUUGGAGAGAAUGAGCUUCCGUUUCACCUCGAUGGCGGGUGCAUCGAGCGCAGCCGUCGCCACGCGCAGCUGCUGCACUGGGUGAGCAACCGCGGCCAGGGCUUCGCCGCCAACGCACGCGUAACGGCAGACAUCUCGCGCGCCGCUUGCAAGGAGCUGGGCAUGGGCCUCGCCACUACGCUCGCCACGUUCGAGACUUCAGGCAACGUCUCGGACCGGCGCUUCCUGAUCGAGACUUUUGCCAUGUUUGGCCUCGAAGGGGCCGAGCUUGGCCAGACCGCCGAGACGGUGCGGGUGGAUCUCGUCUCGCAGUUCGACGCCGUCGACGAGGCGGACCUCGCCCUCUUCUCGCUCUCCGCCGCGUCCGGCGAGAGAUCCGCGCCUCGCUCGGGAGAGGAGCAGGUACAUCUCGCCAUCGACAAGCUACUGCGCGUGCUCUCCACCCUCGGCGCGACCUUCGACGGCGUGGCGCUGCUCUGGAACCGCGUCGCUGACCUCGACGCGCACGAGGAGGCCGUGCUGAUGAGCCGCGCGAGGAGGGGCCUCACCCGCCCUCUGGCAGAGGCGGUGCUCGAGGUGGCCGACGCGGACCCGAACUCGCAUGCGCCCGACGGCACGCCACUCGCCAUCGAGUACAUCGUGGUGGCUCAAGUGCCAAGAAGAAGAGC